CAAUCGCCCACACUAUACGAAACGCCUCUAUUCGAAACAAGUGACACUCUACUAAAUUCUUCAAGUAGAAGAAUAUAUCUGCAUCACUCCCUAGCGCUAGAUCACCACUCUCUCGAUCGCCUUCCCGCAAUCCAUUCUCCAACACUUGCUUUCGAAUAACUUUAAUGUACAUAAUAUAACACAAUAAUCAAAAACAACAACAAAUAUAUACAAAAAAACAACAAUAUAUAAUAACAAUACAUAUAAAAAUAUAGAAAAUGGCAACUAAAAAACAAUCAUCCUCCUCAUCACCAUUAAAAAAUGUUUCGGCGCCAAAAGCAUCCGUUAAAGAUAUUCUUCAAUAUUUUGAUAUGAAAUUCGAUUCCUUUAUGGAAUAUCCACCAGCUAGACAGUGUUUCUUUACCUUUUUGGAAUCGACACAAAAUAGUGAAAUAAGUUUAUUUCUAGAACAAGUUGAAUUCUUCAAAUCCAUCAAUGAACUACCAAAUAGUAGUCGACGUAAUAGAUCGUUUGAUGUUGAUGAAUUUUCGGAUCAAUUUCUUGGAGCUGCUGGAGCUACAUUAUGCGAAUCUGCUUUAUUGAAAGCUUGUGAAAUUGCUGAUAAUUUCAUUCAUGAUCAAGCUCCAAAUGAAUUGAAUUUGAAAUCUGAUACGAAAAAGAAAAUUCUGGACAAGAUUGAAAAGAAUAGAACGUACUAUGGAUUGGAAUCCAAAAAUGAGUAUAAUUGGAGUGGGAACUCUGGGAAAGGGAAACAUAUUUCUAUAGUCCCAUUCUUGGAUUCGACAAUAUUUGAUGAUUUGGAGAGUCAUAUUUUAUUGUCGUUGAAAUCGAAUCAGUUUGCUCCAUUUUUAGAGAGUGAGAUUUUCAAAGAAUUUAUUGAAAAUCAGAAAAUUGAAACCUUGUUCAUGUUGGCAACACCAAGAAAGGCAGCUUCACCUUCCUCUGCUAUUCAGGCAACAUCAGAUAACAUUGAUUUUUUAUUCAUGUUAAAUAAUGCAAGUUCCACAUCACGAUCAAACUCUUCAACUUCUACAGAUAGUAGAGAUGGAAGUUUAGCAAAGAGUUUUGUAAACUCUGAAACAUUAUCUGUGGGAGAGGUGAAAUAUCUCAAAUCUGCACUAUUGGAAUAUGAUCAGAAUUUGAAGUGGACUCUUCUGACCUAUUCGAAAGAGCAGGAAAUUUAUGUAAUGAUUGGUGAUCACUCGUGUGAACAAAAUUUUGGAAGAAAAGAUUUAAUGUUCUAUAAGAGUGUAACACAUUAUCAAUAUUCAAGUGAGAAAGUGUUUAAUGCCCUCAUCAAUUUUGAAUUCAGAAAGAAUUAUACUAAUGAGCCAUUAGUAGAAGGGGAUUUUGUAAAAUAUCAUCCAAAACCAAGUAAUCAAUUGGGUAUUUUGGAUUCCGAGUUAUUGGAAACUGCUGUUAUUUCAGAAUCCUAUGAAAUGAAAUGGCCAAUCAGGAAUAGAGAAUUUAUUUUGAGUUGUGCAGCUACAAAAAGCUUCACACCAGAAAAUCCAAAAUUGGAAACUUUUUAUCUAUUCAAAAAAUCAACUCAAAAUGAUGUGAAUGAAACCAUUCGAUCAAAAUUGAAAAAUGUACGCGGUUGCUGCAUAUCAGCUCUCAAAGUUGAGCCAACUUCCCCAACCAGCUGUAAAGCCACCCAAGUUUUAUUUCUGGACAUGAAAGGACUCUUGACACAAAAUUGGGGUCAGAAAAUACUGACCUUUAAGGGUGGAUCUAAAAAGAAGGGAAGUAAAACCACACUCCAAUCCACUCCUCAACAACAAUUAGCUCAGUGGAUUGAGAAGGAUUCUCGUCUCUCACUGAAUUCACCACUAUCUGAUGCAAUUUUGAGAACACUUGCUGAAAAUCAAAAUAUUAUUUAAAUUGCUAUGCACAUUUUAAAGAAGAAUCAAUAAACCAGAAAGUUUAUUUUC